AUGGGAAGCCAUUUCAUGAAACUCCUGACGAAUAGGUGUCAUAUUGUAUAUCCAUGGACUCAGAGGUACUUUGGAACCUUUGGAGACUUAAACAGCGCAGCGGCUAUUAUGGGCAAUAAAAAAGUUGCCAACCAUGGCAUCACCGUGCUGAACGGUCUCGAGCGAGCUGUGCAGAAUAUGGAUGACAUCAAGAACACCUACGUCGAGCUGAGCAUUCUGCACUCGGAGAAACUUCAUGUGGAUCCCGACAACUUCAGGAGAAUACUGUUCUUGCAAAUAUCCUUAGAGAGUUGGAAACAGCAGGUCUGGGACAGACAUUUUGGAUUGUUCUUGGGGCGCGGCUUCACGCCAGACGUCCAAGCGGCCUGGCAGAAGUUCCUGACCGUGGUCGUCUCUGCAGGGUGA